AAAAAUUUGGCCAAUUUUCUGCAACAAUCGUGCCGGAUCCACACCAGAACCAAAGCUGUGCGCGAACCAAGAUCACAUCACACUUGCACCAAGCCCAAGCACCAUUCUCCCCUUCUCCCAAUUCACACACACACACACACAGACACACACAGACACACACACACACAGACACACAGACACACAGACAGUGUUUUCAUACGAUGAGUGAAGCAAAGGAGGCGAAAGAUGCUGUGAAAAAGGCGUCCCUGGAACAGCAGUCGACCAAGGAUCAACUCGGGAAGGCGCAACCACCAGACUUGGCCAAGCUGUUUGAGCUGGACCCUAGCCUGCAGCCAUUCGAAGCAGCAAUCACUCACAGGUACGGCCGCUUCGCCGAGCUCAAAGCGAAGAUUGAUGAGCAUGAAGGCGGCUUGGCCAAGUUCUCACUGGGGUACGAGACGUUUGGCUUCAACCCCUGCGAGGAAGGCAUUGUCUAUCGCGAAUGGGCGCCAGCAGCGACAGCCGUUUCCCUGACAGGGGACUUUUGUGACUGGGACCGCGAUAUGUUCAAGUGCACGAAGAAUGAGUUUGGCGUCUGGUCGGUGGUGAUUCCCAACAAGCCAGAUGGCUCUCCAGGCAUCGAGGAAGGGUCCUUCGUCAAAACGUGCAUCACCACGAAGGACGGUGAUCGUGUUGAACGAAUUCCAGCCUGGAUCACCAGGGCCGUUCAGCCCAAGGGCCAGAUCCACUACGAGGGUGUGUAUGAGCCAAAGACGCCAUACGCAUGGAAGCACAACCGACCAGAUCGGCCAGAGUCCCUCCGCAUUUACGAGGUUGCGAGCUACGACGACUACUUUGGAUCGGAUGUGGACGAGGAAGCGGUGGCGUACCUCAUGCUGGCCAACCAGCUCAUCCACGACGUGCUUCCCUCAGCCAUCACCGUCGCAGAGGACGUCUCUGGCUACCCAGCCAUUUGCCGGCCGGUUGCCGAGGGCGGCAUUGGGUUCGACUACAAGCUGGCAAUGGCGGUGCCCGACAUGUGGAUCAAGCUCCUCAAGGAGCAAGCGGACGAGGAGUGGGGUAUGGGUCACAUUGUCCACUCGUUGGAGAACAGGCGUUACAAAGAAAAAUCCAUCGCCUACGCUGAAAGCCACGACCAGGCGCUGGUUGGCGACAAGACCAUUGCCUUCUGGCUGAUGGAUAAAGAGAUGUACACGCACAUGUCUGUGCUCAGCGAACAAAGCGCCAUUGUUGACCGCGGCGUUGCCCUUCACAAAAUGAUUCGGUUCAUUACACACGCACUUGGAGGGGAGGGCUAUCUGAACUUCAUUGGCAACGAAUUCGGGCAUCCGGAAUGGCUUGAUUUUCCACGCGAGGGCAACAACGAGAGCUACCACCAUGCUCGCCGACAGUGGCAUCUCGUUGAUGACGAUCUUCUCAAGUACAAGUUCCUGUUUGCCUGGGAUCGAGAGAUGAACCAGCUUGAGCAGCGCUUUGGGUGGCUGCACGCCGAGCCCGCGUUUGUGUCGUGCAAGCACGAGGACGACAAAAUCAUUGUGUUUGAGCGGGCUGGCCUAGUGUUUGCAUUCAACUUCCACUCGUCAAAGUCCUUCCCAGACUAUCGGAUCGGCGUUGAGCAGCCAGGCAAAUACAAGGCCGUGUCAUCCACAGAUGCAGAGGCGUUUGGAGGUCACAAUCGCGUCGACUUGAGCGCGGACCAUUUCUCGGAUCCCGAGCCCUGGCACGGCCGCAAUCACUCCAUGCUCGUGUAUCUCCCUUGCCGCACCGCCACCGUGUUUGCGCGUGUGGAUUGAUUCUGCGUACGCAUGUGGUUCUCCACCCCCACCCACCCCAAUGUUCCGCGCGCCUUUUCGUUAACAGCCGGCACCGCACGCCAAGAACCGCCCCGCUCUUUCUCUUCCAUGGCGACUGUUACAACUCACACUCUCUCUGUAACGCACACUGCCAUGCACACACACACACACACCAUCAUGCGCGCUGGUUCUCUGCGAACCAAUCAAGGCAAGCAAGCAACAAACCGCAAGCAAGC